AUGCCUCCACCAUCGAGUCAGAACGCAUCGGAGAAUGACGUGACUUCAAGCCCAGAUGCCAGUUCGCGAGGGUUUGUCGCAGUCAAUAACGCUUCCAGCAACGGUCCGUCGUCAACCCCCCCAAGCAUGCAUGUCCCUAUUGACCAUGCUCCAGAAAGCGGUGCCUCUAGCAGACACUCAUCUCCGCUAGAUCACGCUCCUAGGGAAAGCGAGAUGGCAGCUCAAGCUCAAGGUGGCACGUAUUCGCUCCCCCAGGGGCAGGAACGUGCUGGUCAUAAACGGAAACGAUCUGGGCUAGAGGAAGACGAACAUUAUAGUGAUCGUCAUUCAUAUGAGUAUAGUCCGCGUGGCGGCCCCGAACCACAACACAUGGCCAACCGAGCACUGAGCGUCCUUGGGAGCGCCGACCACAAUGCCACAACAGCGUACUAUCAAAAUGGCGCCAGCCAAAACGGCCAUACGUGGCACACCGAGAAGCCUGUACAGCCAGCUAGUUCCCUCAAUGGCCUUCAACCGAGCUGCUCCGAAACGCAGCAUGGAGAAAUAUUGCAGCAAGAGGCAAAUACAUCAGAGCCACCGCCACAACCGCCUUGGGGCCCGGAUUAUCAGCCCAGGCUUAAUGGCCAACUCAUUCACGACCAGUAUGGCCAUCCCGAGUCAGCAACGGGCGCUCCGACGGUCGCGCCUAAACGCAAACGCAAUUUUAGCAAUAGAACAAAGACCGGUUGCAUGACAUGCCGCCAACGGAAGAAGAAGUGCGACGAAGCCCAGCCAUGGUGUAACAACUGUGUUCGGGGGGGUUUCAACUGCAAAGGCUACAGUGUGAACAGGCGUGCGGCGCCGACCAAGCCCACACCGAUUAGAGGCCCGGUUCCGCUACAGUCCAGGGAUCGUCCGGGUGACGUGUCUGAAUCCUCGACUUAUCAAGGGCCUCGCAUGGAAACCACCAUCAAACGUCAGGAUAGCGUUCAACCGCGACCAAUUCCCGUUGGCAGUAGUGAAGGACAACACCCACCGCCGUAUGAGCUGAGUCCACAACGCAAUGAGCCACAAACCCGACCACUUCGGCCCAACCAGCAUCCCGCGUGGCAGCCGCCACAAAAUAAUGGUUCUUAUACCUCAGAGCAUCUCCCUCCUCUUUCUGAUCUGAAUCGAUCAGAACCACAUCCAAGUACAAAUUCCCAAAAUAUGUCACGGUCACCAGCCCAAGGUCAAGCCUACCCUCCGCCCCCGCCCCCUCCUCCGCCGCCUCAGCCUCCAAAUCAAGCUCCCCUACCCCAUCCUCAACACCACUUUGCUCCUCAGCAUGCGGCGGGCCCUAACGUCGCCCACCAGCCCCCAGCAGUUCCCCCGCCACAGCAAUUACAGUGGCAUCAGCCACAACAGCCCCAGCAGCAGCCGUAUGGGCAUGCAUAUGGCCCUCCUCCGCCUGGGCACCCACCAGGACCGACACCCAAUCCAGCGCCCCCAACUCAUGGCAGGAACACCUCUUCGAGCUCGAAUUUCAUGGUCGCAGACAAUAAAGACAUCAACAAAUCCAGGAUGUUAAGGCGAGGUCUCUACAUCCACACUGAUCCCACGUUGAUCUAUGACCGUCAACGGUGCGCGCGGGCUCUCGCGCGAUAUCAGGCAGCUCGCCAGCUAGACAGUGGCCUUGGGGAGGAAGAAAUUCGCAAACUGUUGAUGAAAGUGCUUGAUCCUUUGCAAGACACGACGGGCAAUUCGUCUUCGCAAGCAGUUUCUCAAGCCCAUCUUGGUAUCGGGGUGAUGGUCGAGGUGCCUUUUACUUGCACAUAUGGGUACAAUCUCCAGAUUUUCGACGAUGUCUAUGUGGACAGAGGUUGCACAUUUGAUGAUGCUGCGAAGAUUGAGAUUGGGCCUCGCUCAAUAAUCGGCGCUGGCGUCACUAUCUUGACAAGCGACCAAAACAAGGAUCUCGUCAAUCGCAAGGGCACCAGAGCUGAAUGGAUAGCAAAGGAAGUGAUCAUUGCUGCGGGAGUGAUUAUCGGCGCCAAUGCUAUUAUCUAUCCAGGCGUCAGGAUCGGAGAAAAUGCGACGGUAGAACCGGGUGUGUUGGUUCGCGAGUCAUUAAAAGCGAAUCAGAUACUUCGGGCUGCGCCGGCUCUACUCAUUGAUCCACACUAG